AUGUAUCAAGAACAACCACCUCCCCAAGGAGGUUAUCCCGCAUACAACAACGGUGGAUAUGAAAAUGAUUUCCAACAAUCGUAUGUUGAUAAAAGAAAGUCAGUUAAACAUGUAGAACCGGUAAAUGGCAAUUGUGUCAUUGAUUGUCCCGUACCGGACAAAAUUCGUCAAAGCGUAAAAUCACAAACCGAAGAAUUUACACACAUGAGAUAUACGGCAGUAACAUGUGAUCCCGAUGAAUUUGUAAGCAACAAUUAUUUACUUCGACCACACAUGUAUAAAAGGAAAACAGAAUUAAUGAUUGUAAUGACAAUGUAUAAUGAAGAUGAUCGAUUAUUUAUUAAAACCAUGUCAUCGGCGAUUAAAAACAUAGCACAUUUAUGCUCGAGGAACAAGUCAAAGACGUGGGGAAAAGAUGGGUGGGAAAAAGUUGUCGUAGUAGUAGUAGCAGAUGGACGUAAUAAAGUAAAUCAACGUGUGUUAAAAGUACUUGGUGCAAUGGGAGUUUAUCAGGAAGGUAUCAUGCAAGAUAAUGUCUUCGGUCAGCCUGUCACGGGUCAUUUAUUUGAAUACACUUCUAAUCUAAUGGUUGAUAAAGACUUUAAUAUAACUGGACAAAAUCCUCCGGUACAAAUUCUUUUUUGUUUAAAGGAAAAAAAUGCAAAGAAAUUAAAUAGUCAUAGAUGGUUCUUUAACGCUUUUGCGAACCUAUUGAAUCCAAAUGUUUGUAUAUUAUUGGAUGUUGGUACGAAACCUUCUCAUACUUCCGUUUAUCAUCUUUGGAAAGCUUUCGACAGAGAUCAGAACGUUGGUGGUGCUUGUGGUGAAAUUAAGGCAGAACUUGGCAAAACUUGGAGAAAUUUACUUAAUCCUUUGGUUGCAUCUCAAAAUUUUGAGUAUAAAAUGUCAAAUAUUUUGGAUAAACCUUUGGAAUCGGUAUUUGGUUAUAUCUCUGUAUUACCAGGUGCCUUUUCUGCUUAUAGAUAUAAAGCAUUAAAGAAUACCAAACCUGGCAUUGGUCCUUUGGCUUCUUAUUUUAAAGGUGAAGCUAUGCAUGGUGAUGGUGCUGCCUCCGCUGGUAUCUUUGAAUCUAAUAUGUAUCUGGCCGAAGAUCGUAUAUUGUGUUUUGAAUUGGUCGCAAAGACUAAUGAAGCUUGGACUCUAAAAUACGUGAAGUCCGCUAAGGCCGAAACGGAUGUACCGGACAAUGUGCCGGAAUUCAUUUCACAACGUCGUAGAUGGUUAAAUGGUUCUUUCUUCGCCGCUUUCUAUUCUGUUGCUAAUUUCAUGCGUAUUUGGUCUUCUGGUCAACCAUUUUUGCGUAAAAUCCUUUUACAAAUCGAAUUCAUUUACAACACGAUCAAUCUACUCUUCAAUUGGUUUGCUCUGGGUAACUUUUAUUUGGCAUUCUUUUUCUUGACAUCUGCUACUACUUCAAAUCCAAAAUACGACCCAUUCAAAGGAUACGGAAAUGAUCUAUUUAAUUUAGUUCGUUCAUUAUACAUGAUGGUUAUAGUAACAAUGUUUAUCUGUUCAAUGGGUAAUCGACCACAAGGUUCUAAAAAAACUUAUCUCCUUUGUAUAAUAUUAUUCGCGAUAAUUAUGGCUACGAUGUUAUAUUGCGCAUUUUAUACGGUUUACAUUAGCGUAAAUGAGGUCGUUGAUUUUCAAAACGUAGCAAGUAUAAAGAACGCAUUUAAAAGUGCCGAGUUUCGUGAUAUAGUAAUCUCAUUGGCUUCAACUUAUGGAUUAUAUUUUGGUUCUUCAAUCUUACAUGGUGAACCUUGGCACAUGUUCACUUGCUUGAUUCAAUAUACUUUAUUGAUUCCAUUUUAUGUAAAUAUUUUGAUGGUCUACGCUUUUUGUAAUACCCAUGAUGUUUCUUGGGGUACCAAGGGUGAUAAUGGUACCGCUGGCGGAGGUAAUGGUGCACUACCUGUCGCUGGUAAAGAUGGUAAGAAAUUGAUGCAAGUUGAGGUAAUACACGAAAAAGUCAAUAUCAACGCAGUUUAUGAUGAUAUGAUUAAAGAUUUGAACGAAAGAGUACAGGAAGAAAAACAACAUCGGGAUGCUGCUACUAAAAAGGAUGAUUACUAUAAAAUGUUUAGGACUAAUUUAGUGUUAGCUUGGAUGUUUUCAAAUGCCGCCUUGGUUGUAUUUUUCACUUCAAGUACUUGGAAUGAAUUGGUUCUAAGUAAAAACGCUGCUAUUUCCUAUAAUCCUUAUUUAACUUUCGAGCUUUCGGAUGCGUUUGGUAUUUGGUCCUUAGAUUGA